GCCGCGGCGCCUCCCUGCCUGCCUCGGCCGGGGCGUGGGCGGCGGUGCCGGGAGCACUCCGCUGGUCCAGGAGGGCCACAGGUCAGGGCUUGCAGCCAUGUCCCUGCCUCUGACCCAGAAGCUAUGGAGGAGAUAAGGUAGCCCCCUUCCUGGCUCGGAUGGGGAAGCCCAGUUCAAUGGAUACAAAAUACAAGGAUGACUUAUUUCGGAAGUACGUGCAGUUUCAUGAGGGCAAAGUGGACGCCACCCCCAGCACGCAGCGCCCUGGCAGUGAUGAGCACCUGCGGGCAGCCGCCUCGACCCUGCUCAGCCUGCACAAUGUGGAUCCCUUUUAUCGAUUCCGGCUGAUCCAGUUCUACGAAGUGGUGGAGAGCUCCCUGCGCUCGCUGCGCUCCUCCAGCCUGCAAGCUCUGCACGGCGCCUUCAGCGUGCUGGAAACAGUGGGCAUCAAUCUCUUCCUCUACCCGUGGAAGAAGGAAUUCAGAAGCAUCAAGACCUACACAGGCCCCUUCGUUUAUUACGUCAAGUCCACGUUGCUGGAAGAGGACAUCCGAGCCAUCCUGAAUUACAUGGGCUAUGUGCCCGAGUUGGGGACCGUGUACAAGCUCAAAGAGCUCGUGGAGACCCUCCAGGUCAAGAUGGUCUCCUUUGAACUCUUUCUGGCCAAGGUGGAGUGCGAGCAGAUGCUGGAAAUCCACUCACAAGUCAAGGACAAGGGCUACUCCGAGCUGGACGUGGUGAGCGAGCGCAAGAGCAGCGCCGAGGACGUGCGUGGCUGCUCGGACGCCCUGCGGCGGCGGGCUGAGGGCCGGGAACACCUCACGGCCUCCAUGGCGCGGGUGGCGCUCCAGAAGUCGGCCAGUGAGCGGGCGGCCAAGGACUACUACAAGCCCCGCGUGACCAAACCUUCCAGGUCGGUGGACGCCUAUGACAGCUACUGGGAGAGCCGGAAGCCGCCCCUGAAGGCCUCGCUGAGCUUGCGGAAGGAGCCGGUGGUGGCGGACCUGGGGGACGACCUCAAGGACGAGAUCAUCCGCCCAUCCCCCUCACUGCUGGCCAUGUCCAGCUCCCCGCAUGGCAGCCACGAUGACCUUCCCUCCCCAUCCCCCAGCAACGGCCAGGGCCUGCUGCGCAGCACGUACUUCUCGGCUCAGGAUGACGUGGAUCUGUACACAGACUCGGAACCCAGGGCCACAUACCGAAGGCAAGAUGCCCUGCGGCCGGACGUGUGGCUGGUCAGAAACGACGCCCACCCCCUGUACCACAAGCGCUCGCCCCCCGCCAAAGAGUCGGCCCUGUGCAAGUGCCAAAACUGCGGCCUGCCCAGCAGCUCCUCACUCUGCCAGCGCUGCGAGAGCCUGAUCACCUGUCCCCCGGCCUCCAAGCCGGGCGCCUUCCCAGGCAAGGCCUCCUCCCACGACAACCUGGCCCAGGGCUCAUCUCUGCGGGACAAGUAUGUGGGCCAGACUCCGGGCCUCGACCGGCUGCCGCACCUCCACUCAAAAUCCAGACCCUCCUCCACCACAGCCACCUCCCGCUGUGGCUUCUGUAACCGCCCGGGCGCCACCAACACCUGCACGCAGUGCUCUAAAGUUUCCUGCGACGCCUGCCUCGGCGCCUACCAUUUCGACCCCUGCUGCAAAAAGAGUGAGCUGCACAAGUUCAUACCCAACCACCAGCUGAACUACAAGUCCACCCAGUUCUCCCAUCUCGUGUACAGAUAGACUUGACCAUGCGCCUCCCUGCUACAAGGGCUACACCACUGACCUUUCCAGUGUCAUGGGGAAGAAGUGUGAUGCGUUGAUCUCAGAAGCAGAGACCUGCCCCUGACCCUGUGGGUACGGGGUGAGGGGUGGGGAUUGGGGCUGGCUGUACCCUGUAGGAGUUCACUUAGCAAUUCAGAGCUUUUAACGGGUGACUGCUUCCGUCGCCUGACAAGGGAGAGCGUGGCACUUCAGUUCAGAUUCAUUUUUGCUAAUCACUCCACUCCCCGUUCUGGAUUUCUCUUGUUCUGUUUUGUUUUGUUUUUUAAGAGCAUUUCUAUCUCUGCGACUUGCCACGUCUACCCCCACUCCUACCCCAAAGCCAACUUGGACUGGGAAGGGCCUUCCAGGUCACCUCCAAACACCCACCUGGAGCGGCGAGCUAGAGGCCUGUUGGCUUGUGAAAUGAGCCCUCCUGCCAUACCCGGCCUCUUCCAGGGGCUCAGCCCUUCAUUGCUGCCCCCUUCCCAGUUACCAGCGUCCCCCACUUGGAUGUCCUGCACCCUGACUUCCCCUCCCCUCUGGGUUCCAGAGGUGAACCGAGACAAGUGUUAGCUGAGUGUCGUCCUGCGGCACCACAGCUCAGUUUAGCCCAUGGGGUUGUGACCUUGGCUUCGGCUCAGUAAAGGGUGGACCUUCCACGGCAGGCCCGACUUCCCCCAGUCUGUUUGCACACGCCCCUUUUACUGUACUGUAAAUAGAUAUUUUUGAGAUUUAUUUUUAAAUAAAUAUCCAACUUGCCAUGUGUUUCAGAGUGGUUAAGAGGUUAAUUAUGUAGCUAUUUAUAAAAAUGUCCUGGUUCAUUAGUCUUCCAAAGGGGAGGGAGUCCAUGCCCUUCCACCUGGUAGCCUUGCUCACCACAGUUCCAGGCUGGAACAGAGUAUGGGGGCGGAGGAGGCACAGAGCCGAUGGCGCCGGGUUGGUGGAGAGCCACCGUCUCCCCUCCAGGAAACCUCUACACACCUACCUCCAGUGUGCACUUUGGGGGUCGGUGCGGGCCCUGCGUCUGGGCCCCUGUGGACGGUGAGAGCCUAGUGCCGGCGAUUCGGGAACCUCACCCCUCGGAGCUGCAGCCGGUGUUUGCCACUUGCCGGAUCGGGGCCUGGCGCUCCGAACUUCCUGAGUCUUGUUUCCGAAAGAGCACCGUUUGGGAUUCCCCCCGCCCAGCCUCCAUCUCAGUCCUCUCUCUUCUCGUCACCUGCUUCCAGGACUCCUUGCAACUUCUGCAAUCUUUUUGCACUAAAAGUGGGCUGGAGUCGGCGUGCACCCACCCGGCAGACCUCUCCUGAGAUCCUCGCUGAGCCUCGGCGCUUCCAAACCAGCUCGCCCCUCCACUCUUCAUGUGAAUGACUGACCCUGGAUUUUCCUUUUGGGGUGCAGAGCAGGAGUGGGGCAAGAGUUUGAAAAUAAAACCGCUUUCUUGUGAAUUAAUAUAUUUUAGCCAUAAGUGUUUGUGAUGUCCAGAGUGUUGAAGGGAUUUCCGUGCAGUGGGUUUCUGGAGGCAUUCAGCUCUUGAGCAGAUUUAAACCUGGCUGAAUCCUGAGGCCACUGUGAAUUUGCUGAUGUUCUUCCAACUCAGUUGAGUGAUUUUAAGGUUUUCCAGAUCUUCUACUGCUCUUUUUUAUAUAUCUAGUAGAUCACGUGUAGAUACUCACUGUGUAAAUGAAACUGAGUUUCACCCAACUUUACUACUAAGACCAGCUCAUUCUGGGGCAUUCAUCUUUGAUGUUCUUCCUUUUCACGUUUCAGAAGUGUCGAUGCCUGUCCCACUCCUGAGAGCUCUAGUUUUCUAGUUUUCCAUUUCUAGAUCGCUCUAGCACUACAGUAACAAAUCUUUUAACUAACCGUGAUGCCACGUAACUUAACUUAUACAGCGAACAAAAGCAGGACCGACUCGGUCACCUGGGGGAGCGCGUGCACUGCGCGUCCAGCGUCCGUGUCGUCACAGAACACCGCGCCCGCGGACUGGAGUAGGAAAUGCUAUGGCCGUGCUCGUCUUGGUGUGUAUCUUACUGUAUGAGGUUGCUGUGAUUGAGAUAGUUCAAUAUAUGCUAAUUUAAAAAUGCAAAUGUUUUGCAUUUGAUUUAUACCAAGCGUUGAAAUGUUGAGAGAUGAUUUAAAAAUAAUAAAGUGUC